AUGUGUUUAGGAAUAACAAAGAAAUCCCAACUACAUAUUGGUUGUUGGAAUAUAAAUGGACACAAAAACAAAGGUUUCGACAAAUACAGUGAUCCCAGAUUUAUAAAUGAAAUUUGUAAUAAAGAUAUUGUUUGCCUCAUAGAAACGCACUGUUCUUUAGAAGAAUCACUAUCACUUGAUGGUUUUAAACCAGUUCAUCUGAUCAGACCUAAAUCUAAAGGUACAUAUAAACGUUCAGGGGGAAUUUCAGUUUUUGUAAAAUCAGAAUUGCGACCCGGUGUUAAAUUUUUAGAACAUGAAAAUAAUGAUUAUAUAUGGCUGCAAUUGUGCAGAGAUUUUUUUGGAAUGAAAGAUGAUAUAUAUCUAUGUUAUGUUUAUAAUCCUCCAGACAACUCUUCAUAUACAAAAUCCUUAGAUGAAGAUAUUUUUGAACUUAUAGAAAAGGAUAUUUCAAAAUUUUCAGAUUCUGGUAAAAUUCUCAUAGCGGGGGAUUUAAAUGCAAGAACUGGUUCUCAGGUUUUAGACUUUAUAAAUGAUGAUCAAUUAUUAGAUAAAAUACCUGGUUUUGAAAAUUUUUCUCCUGAUCAAAAUCUGCUAGUACGAUAUAGUAUGGAUGAAGUGUUGACCACACGAGGUAAAAAUUUAAACGAGAUUUGUAUUCAAUCUGGUCUGCGAAUAUUAAAUGGACGUGUCCAAGGUGACUUUAUAGGCCAGUUAACUUGCUUCACACCAAAUGGCAGUAGUGUUGUUGAUUACUUUAUAUCUUCAGAGAGUUUGAUGGAAAAUAUCUCAUUUUUUAAAGUACAUAAAUUUUUUGGAGAAUUAUCUGAUCACUGCCAGAUUUCAGUCAUGUUAAAGAUUGAUUGUAGAAUUAAUAAUAACAUAAAUGAUAAGUUACAGUUUGCCCCAUCAACUUAUAUCUGGAAUGAAACUUCAUCUCAAGAAUUUAUAACUGCCUUAUCAUCAGACAACAUACAAAGCAAAAUAAAUGAUUUUAACAAUAAAACUUAUGAUAAUGUUGAUAUUUUGGUUGCUGAUCUAAAUUCCAUUAUAACAGAAGUGGCUGACAAAAAAUCAAGAAAACAUAAAUUAAAGGAAUUCAGACAGAGUGUCAUGAAUGAACUUGAUAACCUACAUGAUAAUAACCCUAAUAAAUAUUGGGAUCUUCUAAAAGAAUUAUCUAAAGAUAACAAUAAAUCCUCAAGCCCUGACAUCCCAAGUAAUACAUGGUUUGAAUAUUUUAAAGAUUUGAAUAAAAGCAAAGUUAAUACACCUAAUGAUAAUUUUGUUAAUAACUUUAAACAAAUGGAAAAGGAAAAAAUAUUUUCAGAACUUGACUUUCAGAUAAAUGAUCAAGAAAUUAUAACAGCAAUAUGUACAUUAAAGAAUAAAAAAUCUAGUGGCUUUGACAUGAUCUUAAAUGAAAUGCUUAAAUGUAGUCAGUCUUUUCUAUUAAAUAGUUUUAAAAAAGUAUUUAAUCAUAUAUUAGUGACUGGUUCUUUCCCAAAUUUAUGGGCAAAAGGUUUCAUAGUACCAAUUUUUAAAAGUGGUCCUACCCAUGACCCCUCAAAUUACAGAGGUAUAACUAUUGGAAGUUCAUUGGGCAAACUUUUUGCUAAAAUAUUAAACACAAGGUGUUCGCCAGGGUGA